UUUGUCAGAUGCAUCUCCAGUCCAGCCUCAGGUGCUGUUUUGGGGAAAUUAUUUUCCAGAAACAUGGAAGGCUUCCAGGAGGGAUGCCAGUCCCAGAUCAGGCUUCUGACGUGGAGAAGACAACCAUGCUGAGCCCAGUGCUGAACGCCUCCAACGGCGACGGGUCCGAGACUGAGACCACCUCCGCCAUCCUCGCCUCCGUCAAGGAGCAGGAGCUGCAGUUUGAGCGCCUGACGAGGGAGCUGGAGGCGGAGCGGCAGAUUGUGGCCAGCCAGCUGGAGCGAUGCAAGCUGGGCUCUGAGACUGGCAGCAUGAGCAGUAUUAGUUCAGCGGAUGACCAGUUUCGUUGGAAUAACCAAGACAGACAGAAGGACAUCGAGGAGGAACUGACCACAGGCCUGGAACUGGUGGACUCCUGUAUCCGGUCUCUUCAGGAAUCUGGGAUCCUGGACCCUCAGGAGUUCUCGACAGGCGACAGGCCAAGCCUCCUGUCCCAGAGUUCCUUGCAGCUGAACGCCAGUGCGGAGGGCUCCUUCCCAUACUCCUCGGGGUACCACAGCAGCCAGACGCUGGCCCUGAGCGACACGGCGCCCCCCCAGCUCCCCACGCGCAGCGGGCAGGUCGGGGGGGCCGUGCACAGCUACAACCAGGUGACGUCCAGUCGCGCAGCCCACCUGGCAGGGGAGGCCUCGCAGUCGCAGUCACAGUCGCAGGACUCCUUCGCGCCGAGCCACGGCAGCGCCUUCCACCUGCCGGACUUGCCGCCCGCACUGCCAACACCCAUUUAUUACUCCUGCGCCACCCUGCCGGCGCAGCGCGUGAGCUCACCGCUGUCGGUGCAGGCGGCCGGCUCCCCUACGCGGCUGCAGCGGCUAGCGUCAAUCUCCGAUGCCCCAGGCUACGCCACCCUGCAGCGCAUCUCCUCGCCCAAGCCGUCACCCAGCCGGCUCGCCAAAUCCUACAGUGCCAGCUCCCCGGUGAACGCGGCGGCGUCCUCGUCGUCCGGGCACGCUGGCGUCUCGCCACCUCACGCCUCCAGCUCCUCGCCCCUGCACCAGCUGAGCUCCGUCAUUGGCAGCUACGCCACGCUGUCCCCCACCAAGCGCCUGGUGCAUUCUUCGGACCAGUACAAGAUUUCCCACGAGCUGUACGCCAAUGCCACCCUCCAGCGACCCGGCAGCCUCGCGGGAUCCAGGGGGUCCUACAGCAGCCAGCACAGCCAUCUGGGGUCUGAGGUUCGACCCCUGCAGUCUCCAGAGCACCACAUCGACCCGAUCUAUGAGGACAGAGUCUAUCAGAAGCCCCCGAUCCGGAGUCUGAGUCAAAGCCAGGGAGACCCUCUGCAGCCGGGGACUUACCGCACCAAUACAGCCCCACCCUCCCCUGGUGUGGACCCCACCCCCCUGCAGCGCACGGGCAGCCAGAACGCCACCAGCGGCGCCUACCAGCGCGGCAGCUACGCCGCCGGGCCCGCCACCGCCGCCUACGCCGACCCGUACCGCACGCUGCAGUUCUGCCCCUCCACGGACUCCCCAUACAGCAAGUCGGGCCCCACGCUGCCCCCGGAGGCCACGCUGGCCAGGUCGCCCUCCAUCGACAGCAUCCAGAAGGAUCCCAGGUACGACCCCGAAUUCCUUGUCUGGAAUCAAAAUCAAGCCGAGAAAAGAAUGACAAAGGAGUUCGGCUGGAGGGACCCGGAGCUGCCGGAGGUGAUCCAGAUGCUGCAGCACCAGUUCCCCUCGGUCCAGUCCAACGCCGCCGCUUACCUGCAGCACCUGUGCUUCGGGGACAACAAGAUCAAGUCGGAGAUCCGGCGCCAGGGGGGCAUCCAGCUGCUGGUGGACCUGCUGGACCACCGGAUGAGCGAGGUGCACCGGAGCGCCUGCGGUGCGCUGCGCAACCUCGUCUACGGCAAGGCCAACGACGACAACAAGAUCGCCCUGAAGAACUGCGGCGGCAUCCCUGCGCUGGUGCGGCUCUUACGCAAGACGACGGACGUGGAGAUCCGCGAGCUGCUCACAGGUGUGCUGUGGAACCUGUCCUCCUGCGACGGUCUGAAGAUGCCCAUCAUCCAGGACGCGUUGGCCGUGCUCACCAACACGGUGAUCAUCCCGCACUCCGGAUGGGACACGUCCCCCCACCAGGAGGACCGCAAGCUGCACCUGCACUCCUCGCAGGUGCUGCGCAAUGCCACCGGCUGCCUGAGGAACGUGAGCUCGGCGGGGGAGGAGGCCCGGCGACGCAUGCGGGAGUGCGAGGGACUCACCGACGCGCUGCUCUACGUCAUCCAGACUGCACUGGGCAGCAGCGAGAUCGACAGCAAGACCAUCGAGAACUGCGUGUGCAUCCUGAGGAACCUGUCGUACCGCCUGGCCGCUGAGACCUCACAAGGCCAGCAGAUGGGCACCGAGGAGCUGGACGGCCUGCUGUGCGGAGAUGCCGGAGGCGGCGGGGGCGGGGGCAAGGACGGCGAGAGUUCGGGCUGCUGGGGCAAGAAGAAGAAGAAGAAGAAGGCCCAGGACCAGUGGGAUGGUGUGGGGCCCCUCCCAGAGACCGCCGACCCCCCUAAAGGCAUCCAGAUGCUGUGGCACCCCUCCAUCGUCAAGCCCUACCUCACGCUGCUGUCCGAGUGCUCCAACGCCGACACACUAGAGGGCGCCGCCGGGGCACUGCAGAACCUGGCUGCCGGGAGCUGGAAGUGGUCAGUGUACAUUCGCGCGGCCGUGCGCAAGGAGAAGGGCCUGCCCAUCCUGGUGGAGCUGCUGCGGAUAGACAAUGACCGCGUGGUCUGCGCCGUGGCCACCGCACUCAGGAACAUGGCGCUGGAUGUGAGGAACAAGGAGCUCAUCGCGGUGGAUGUGGGUCACGUGACCGGCGUCGGCUCGGGACCGCCGUUCCCCGUUACAGCGGCGGGUGUGGGUCACGUGACCGGCGUCGGCUCGGGACCGCCGUUCCCCUGCAGCGGUGGGCACUCUCCCAAGGUGGUGAAAGCAGCCUCUCAGGUCCUCAGCAGCAUGUGGCAAUACAGAGACCUACGCAGCCUCUACAAAAAGGAUGGAUAUGCGCAGUAUCACUUCGUUGGAUCUUCUUCGACCAUCGAGAGGGACCGGCAGCGGCCCUAUUCCUCUUCCCGCACCCCCUCCAUCUCCCCGGUGCGGACGUCCCCCAACAAUCGCUCAGCGAGUGCCCCCGCCUCGCCACGCGAGAUGACCAGCCUGAGGGACAGGAAAGCAGACUACGAAUCAACCGGGACCAAUGCCGGUUUCCAUGGAAACAAGGGGGAGCACACCUCCCGGAAGGACGCCAUGGCAGUUCAAAUCACAAGCGGAACCUCAACGUUGUUCAGGAAUUCGUAUGUGACACCUAAUGAAGACAUGAAACACACCCAGGUAAGAAUACUGCCCCUAGACCAGACCAUAUGGAGACUCGCGAUGGCAUCCAGGCCAAAGCCAGAGAUACAGCUGUAUAGCGAGGCAGACGGGUAUCAGCACAUCACCACACCAGCCACGCCCACCAGCUGUCAGCCACGCCCUGUACCCCAUCAGCCACACCCACCAGCUGUCAGCCACGCCCUGUACCCCAUCAGCCACACCCUCCAGCUGUCAGCCACGCCCUGUACCCCAUCAGCCACACCCUCCAGCUGUCAGCCACGCCCUGUACCCCAUCAGCCACACCCACCACCUGUCAGCCACGCCCUGUACCCCAUCAGCCACACCCACCAGCUGUCAGCCACGCCCCCAAACCUCUAA